AUGGCGUCGAUGGUCGGGACGAUCGCGCCGACGCCGCUCACGACCGAGUGGCUGGCCGCGCACGGCUGCGACGUCGAGGACGGCGAGGACGUGGACGGCGAGGAGCCGAUGGAGGCCGGCGAGAACGGGUCAAUCUCGCGCGUCGCGCUGCGACGGCGCGGCGGCGAGACGAGGACGCUGGUCGCCAAGCGGCCGCCGACGUCGCCCGCGGCGCUGUCCGUCGCGGCGACGCAGCAGUGGUACGCGCGCGAGCUCUUCUUCUACGAAGCGCUCGCGGGGCGGCUCGACGCGACGACGAUCCGGGCGCCGCGGCGCGCGGCGUCGGCGCUGAGCGCCGCGACGGGCGACUUCUGCCUCGUGCUCGAGGACCUCGCCGCGUCGGGCUGCCGGCCGUUCCGCGAGGGCGACGCGGCCGCGGGCGCCGCGGCGCUCGGGCGGCUCCACGGGUCGUUCCUCGGCGCCUUCGACGCGCUCGACCGCGGCCCGCUGCCGGUCAUGCCCGUGCACGUCGAGCUCGCGGACUUCAUCGAGGCCUUCUUCGUCAAGUGCUGGGCGAGCGUCAAGGCCGGCGGCGUCUACGACCUGGGCGCCGAGGCCGCGGCGCUCGUCGACGCCGUCGCCGCGCCGGGCGUCUACGCGUCCCUCACGCGGCGCCUCGCGGAGCCGCCGCUCACGCUGCUCCACGGCGACUUCCGGGCCGCGAACCUCAUGGUCGACGAGGGCGGCGCGGUCGUCGUCUACGACUGGCAGUUCGCCGCGCUGGGCAACGGCGGCUACGACCUCGCGUACUUCGUCGCGCUCUCGGCGCCGGUCGACGAGCGGCGGCGGGCGGAGGGCGCGCUCCGCGCCGCGUACGCGGCCGCGCUCGCGGAGGCGUCGGGCGCGCCGGCGCCGCCGCCGGACGCGCUCGCCCGGGACGCGAACCGCGGCGUGCUCCUGGGCCUCGCGAGCUUCGUCAUCGGCGCGGCGACGGCGGGCGACGCGCCCGCGUCCGUCGCGACGCACCGCGCGGGGCUCGAGCGGCUGAGCGCCGCGGCCCUGGACUGGGGCGCGGUGCCCCGGGACUUGGAGGCUGUCAAAGCGCUCCAGGACACGAGCUUUCAGGAGGCGCGCGACCUCGUGGACCUCGCGCGCCAGUGCUACGCGGAAAUUGAGGACGACGCGGCGCGGCGCGCGGAGCGCGAGGCCCUCUGCGGCGAGCUCCAGACGCAAGUCAACGCGUACCUCGCGAAGACGCGCGCCGCGCGCGCCGAGUCGCUCGCGGCGCUCGACCGGCGAAAAGCCGCGCCGACGGACACGGCCGGCGACCGCAUCCUGCGCAAGGCCGUCGCGGACCUGGCGUCCCAGGACUACGCGGCCGCGCGCGCGGGCGUCGACGCCGCGCGCGCCGCGUUCGCCGCCGACGGCGUCCGCGGCCGCGAGACGGCCCUCGGCAACCUCUACGCGUCCAUCAACGCCGAGGAGGAGCGCGCCACGCGCGCCGAGAUCCGCCGCGAGCAGGACAAGGCCGAGGCCGAGGAGGAGGCGCGGCGCCGCGGCCGCCAGCUCGUCGCCGAGCAGAAGAUGGCCGCCGCGUUCGGCGGCGGCGGCGCGGGUGAUGCGGCGGAGAUGGGCCGCCGCGCCCGCAAACUCGUGCUGCUGUCGCUCGUCGGCCUGUCCCGGGGCUUCGCGCCGCGCCCCGACGCCGCGACCCUCCGCUGCGACACGCGGGCGUCGUCCGUCGCCGCGGGCGACGCCGCGGCCGUCGAGUCCAUGCGGUCCGCGCGGCUCGACGCCGUCGAGGACGCCGAGGACAUGCGGAAGAUCUUCGAGGCCGGCGCGGACGUGCAGCUCACGGUGGAGCAGGAGAUGGAGCUCGAGGACAAGCUCGAGGACGUCGGCUCCGUCUUCGACGCCGAGGACAUGAAACGCAUCUUCCGCAAGGGCGCCGAGGCCGAGGGUGGCGCCGCCGGCCUCAAGGGCGACGCGUCCAGCCUCGGGGACCUCGACGACGCGUCGUUCAAGUUGCUCAUGUGGAAGCGCCUCGGCCAGAACGACUUCGACCGGAUAUUCAAGGGCCCCCGCGUCGAGUUCGAGAUCAAGAACGUCGGCGUCGCGGCCGCGUCGAGCGACGGCCACGUCGUCGAGACGACGAGGAGCGACGGCAGCCCCGUGGCGGCGUCCGCGGCGCCGGCGUCGUCGCAGCCCGCGGUGACGAAGCUCCGGAAGAAGUGGAUCUGGAACCCGUCGAGCGUGCUCGACGCGCUCCGCUCCGCGCACAGCGACUCGCCCUCGAAAAGGGAGCCCAAGCUGCUCGAGAAAACGGAGAUUGUCCGCGAACGAAGGAAGCUCGCGAUCACGAAGUACUCGUGGCUCGACGAGGACACGAAGAUCCGCAUCUACAUCCCCAUCGAGGACGGCCGCUUCCAGCAGCCGGGCGCCGUGUCGCUCGAGUGCACGGACAAGAGCGUCACGCUCGUCGCGGACCUCGGCGACGAGGUCCACACCUUCGCGGUGCCCCAGCUCUACGACAAGAUCGAGAGCGGCGCGUUCAAGGUCAAGCCGAACAAGAUCGUCGUCACCCUGAAGAAGCCCAAGGAAUCCAAGUUCAAGUGGUACGACCUGAAGAAGUAGGCCGCGGGGAUUUUGCUUCGUCGUCCCGCGACGGACCAGGAAGCGGUCGCGCGCCGCUGGCGCUUGUUCGGCUAAGUGGACUCACACACACGAAACACACGACGCCCUCGAGGACGCCCCAUCGAGGACUUCAUCGAGGCCCGUGUGAACCGAUGCAACCUAAAUAUAGUAUCCUUCGCGACGAGUAUGGUGCACUUUGAAUGAUGCCAUCCUCUGGUUGGUUUCGCAGGGGGCUGCAAUGCGGCCGUGACUGACGGAGCUCCAUGGAGGAGCCCGUGGACCUGUCGGCGGCCGCCGAGGCGGCGGGCCUCCCGAUCGUCGAGGAGGUCGCGGCGCCGGCGCCGGCGCCGGAGUCGGCGGCCGGCGGCCGCGUGACGGACGAGGAGCUCGCGGCCUACGGGAACGAGUCCCGCCCCACGGACACGAGCGAGGAGGGUGGCUCGCGGACGGCCGCGACGUCGCGGCCGAGCACGGGCACGUCCCGCGCCGACGGGUCCGUCGCGUCCGGCGCCGCCGCGGGCCUGAGCGACGAGGAGCUGGGCGCGUUCCUCGCCGCGAACGCCGAGGCCGAGGCCAAGCGGCCGCGGUCGUCGAGCCCCGCGUCCGACGCCGAGCUCGACGCCUACAUCGCCGCGGGCACGUCCGAGUCCAAGCAGAGCGACCCUCCGGCGGCCGCGCCCGCCGGGGACGACCUCGAGGCGCACGGGUACCGCCUGUCGGCGCAGAACGUCGCGCGCGCGGCCCGGGAGGCGGCCGCGGCGGCCGAGGCGGUCGCGUCGACGUCGCCGGAGCACAUCAUGCGCGCCAUCGCGGCGCCGAACCCCUACCAGUUCCGGCGGAGCUCGCGCAACAGCUUCGGGAGCGUCUGCAGCCGGACGCCGUCGUUCUCGUCGCUCUGCGAGGAGAAGGAGCUCCUGGAGGAGCGGCCGCCGUCGAGCGAGCUGAGCAACCCGCUCGAGCUCGCCAAGGCCGUGCCCGAGGACCAGGAGCAGGGCUCCUGGAGCCCGCCGCCCGCGGGCGACGGCCGCGGCGACCUCCUGCGGUCGAACGCGCUCGCGCGGUCCGACCGGCGCGACACCGACGCCGGCGCGCCGGCGGCGGCGCCCGCGAAGCCGCCGCCGACGGCGUCGGGCCCGCCGCCGAACCUGAGCGCGCGGCGCGCGUCCCUCGGCGCGCGGCGCGCGUCGCUCACGCGGCGGACGUCGAUCGGCGCGUCGCUCGGCCGGCGCCUGAGCCUGCGGAACGUCGUCUCCACGGUCAUCGACGGGCUCGGGCAGGACGGCGCGAGCCCGCGGACCCAGCGGGGCUCCAAGGACAGCGUCGCGUCCCUCGAGGGCGACGACGGCGAGGGCAAGUCGCCGACGAAGAGGCCGAACCGCCUCAUCCGCCAGCUGACGAUGCGGACGCUGGCGAAGCGCAAGAGCCGCGACCUGACGGGCGAGGGCGACAGCCCCAAGUCGCCGGAGAAGCCCGAGGAGAAGAAGAACCUGGGCCGCAUGCUCAUGUCGGCCGAGAAGUUCGAGAAGAUCAUGCAGUCGCAGAAGCUCGGCCGCGACCACGAGUCCAUGGUCAACCAGUUCAAGCUGCGCACGACGCCCACGGCCCAGCAGGGCGACAGCUCCUGGAUCAACCGCGCGCUCAGCUCGUCGAAGCACGUGCGCGUCCUCGCGCCGCGGGGGGAGCGCGGCGAGAGCGGCUGGUCGCACGCGGGCCGCGUCGCCCUCAUCCUCGCGACGCUCGCCGAGGAGCGCGACUUCCUGCGGGACAAAAGCGAGGAGGACGCGCCGCGCCAGCUGCGGGAGCAGGCGAUCCUCGCGUUCCUGCGGGCGACGUGCCCGGCGCUCGUCGCCAAGGUCGAGACGCACCACGAGAUCGCGGACGAGCUCGUCGCGCUCCGCGCCGCGCUCGAGGACCGGGGCGUCUUCUCCGUGUCGACGGGCGAGCAGCACCUGUUCCAGUGCGGCACGCUCGAGGAGGUCCGCGCGGAGAUCGAACGGCUCGAGGCCGCGGAGAAGCGCGAGGGCUGGAAGCAGGCCGUCCCGCGGUGCAUGAUGCGCAACUGGAAGACGUC